UGCAAAAAGUUGGAAUUAAAUUAUUUUCGCAACAGGGUUAAGCCCAUCUGGCUUUCUCCUUCGCUCGACAUAACUCAGCAGCCAAUUUCUUCUUCUUUAAUCUGAUCUCUGAAAUAUCAAAAUGGCCUUUUUCCUUCAAAAAAGUAGCCUUGCCAAUUAUUUACGAUCAUCUUAUCAGAAGACAGAGGGUUCCUUGGCCGUGCCAAGUCGAGCAUUUCACGUGGAACUUGGGGAUCGUGAGAAAGCUCUCUUGGCAGAAGACCCUUCUCUAAGACGAUUUAACUCUUAUAAGAAGAGCGUGAGGCGACUGAAGAGAAUCGGGGAUGUUCUGACAAUUGUCGUUGUAGCAGGUUGUUGCUAUGAAAUUUAUGUCAAGGCAGUAAUGCGAGAAGAAGCUCGGAACCAGGCGAAGGCCUCUGGUGGAAGUGAAUGAGGCUGUGCAUGUUUUUGCUUCUGUGCCAAAAGGAAAAAGUGUAUGUUUUGGCGUUUGCUUUUGUUUGUUUUAGCCAUUAAUGAUUUUGUCUCAUUGACAAAUAAGCAAAACAAAAUGUGCUGGUGUGACAUUCUUGAAUGUAAGACCUUAUUCAGCAAAUUGCUAUCAGGUUCUCAUCUUUCAAAUAAUCUUUUUUUUUUGGUUUAUGAUGAUUCCAGUAACUUCAGAAAAUUGACCU